UUCUCCAUCAAACCGCUCAAUAAAUGUAUAGCUUCCAUAAUAGACCUAGCUGGCAUGAAUCCACAUUAAUUUUGAGAAACAUUAGUAUUACGACGUAGACUAUGCUAUGCUCCAUAACUUUUCCAUAGUUUUAAAGUAUAACACAUCCACUUAAUUCCUCUAUAAUUCACACAAUAUUGUGCAUCACCUUUAUUCUUAAAAACAUGAAUCAACACACCUACACCAAUAUCACCUCACAGCGGAGGAAAAUUUGCUCGUACCCUCUUUGUGAGCUCUAAUUAUCUUUCUAAAUUAGACAUUUCACUAUCUUGUAUAAGCGAUGCAUAAUUCCUCUUUUAUAGAAUCCAAUAAAAUACUGCCUUGAAUAGGUGGUGCAUAUCUCACUUACAUGCUCCAGUGCUCUUACACCAAGAAGAAUGAAUUAUUCUUCAGAGCUAUGGGAAGAAUUCACAUAUUUUAAUUUUUUAUUCGUAAAUUUUGAUUCCAUCUCCUAUAAAAGGCUUAUCAUUGUCUUGUAUGGGCAAAGUGUUAUCCCUUUACAAGCCCCACUAUUUUCCCUAUUAGGAGUACUAAAUCACCUUACAGAUAGAGUUAUGAGUGACAUAUAAGAUUUUCAAUCUCUAUUGCGGACAAAUAAGAUUUACAGGUAGAGUUAUUACUUUUAUAUGCAGCUUUAAAAUAUAUAUUUCUUCAUUUCUAAAUUUAAUUAUGCUCAUAACGAAUUUGUUUGAGUAAUGAACUCUCCAUCUUCAUUAAAUAGUAAUUCAUAUUUGUGAGAAUUUUCCCCUUGUAUGAAACCAAGUCUUCUAUAUAUCUUUGACGCAUUUAAAAUGUGUAUAUAUUGUAGGAAAUUGUAUGUUGUUAUUUUCUAAAUCUAAUAGCUUAAUAUGCAGCUUUGAAAUAUGUAUUUCUUCAUGUAAAUUUGAUUAUACUCAGUAACCAAUUUGUUAAGAAUAAUGAACUCUCUAUCUUCAUUCAAGAGUAAUUCAUAUUUAUGAAAACUCGCCCCUGUAUAAAACUAAGUCUUAUAUAUCUUUGAGAUGUUUAAAAUGUACAUAUGUUGUUUGUUAUUUUGUAAAUCUAAUAGUUUUAUAUGUAGCUUUGAAAUAGAAAAUUGAUUAUGCUCUUAACCAAAUUGUAAAGAAAGGUGAAUUCUCUAUCUUCAUUCAAGAGUAAUUCAUAUUUAUGAGAACUCGCCUGUUGUAUAAAACUAAGUCCUUUAUAUAUCUUUGAGACAUAUUUAAAAUGUUCAAUAUAUUGCUCCCAUAAAAUCUUUUCAUUUAUGACAUUGCUCACUACUAGCUUCUCAUUGACGCUAUCCCAUGCACAUGCUUUCUAGAGGUUAUAAGUGGAGAUCCUAUCCACCACUUGUAUGAGUGGUGUAUGAGUCUUUCUAAUAAUGACUCUGUCCACUACUAACUUCCCAUCAAGCAUAGGUGUGUCUUCUAAAAAUUUUUAUAAGAUGCAAUGUAAUUUAUAUAAAAAAAAAAUUCAUUGAUAUUUAAAGAUAUACUUGAAAGAUACAUCUAUAUCUUCAAUAAUCAAGAUAAAAAUUCAAAUGAGAUGUGGAGCUCAAUUUUUUUAAGUUGGACAAGUAAUAAAAUAUUUUAAUAUAUGAGAGCAAACAGGUUAUGAUAACACUCUACUUAAUAACUCCAACAAUUUUCUUGCCAUGACUUUUUUAAUUUCCGCUAUUUUGAGACUGAUAAUUUAUAUGUUGUACUUCUAAAUAAUAACCAAGAUAUCCUCAUUGAAUUAGACGUUCAAUCUAUUCUUUAACCUAAAAGCCUUUUUUGUUGAAUAACCUUUUGAAUGAUGGAAAUGACAAUAUUAAGACUAUCUCCAUCAUUUAAAUUUUUUGAUGGUUUUGGCCAUUUGAAGUGUUUAUAAUUUUGAAUAUCCAUCAUAACGUUAGUCCUUAAUGUGUUUAAUGGGUUUGAGAACUCGGACUAAAUUUAGUGAGAAAGGUGUAUUUAAUCUUUUGACUACUCAUGCUUUUUUUAGUUGAAAAUGUCGAUUAAUUUAUUGACAUGCUUUGAAAGAGAAUAUUUGUACAUGUUUCUUAAAAGGUCUCUAUCUCAUUUUAGCGAAUCUUAGACAGAUAAGUCUGGUGAUUUUCCAAUAAAUAAUAAAUUAGUUAACAAAAAGUCUUGCUAGAUUAACAAAAAUAUGAAUAAUCUUACCCCAAAAAAGUAGAACCGUAUACGAGUUUGUCAUUUAAGAGUUACAGGAAAUAUCUAGCAGAGGAUUGCAUCAAAAGCAUGUUGAAUUGUAUGAUGGUUCUAUAGUGGUCACUUUAAUUAUAGGGAUUAAAAGUUCAAUCAUAUGGAUUAAUUGCAUACAACUUAACCCCACAGGAAAAGAAAGUUGACAAAUUACAUCAAUCAAUGAUGAAGAUUCAUGAAAGCUAUGAAGAGGGAUAAAUUGGUUCCUUUACCUCAAAAGGAAUUCCUCCUCAAAUAGAUGCCCUAGUUCAUCUCUUAUAACAUCAUAAGGGGAGGCAAUAAAACAUGUUGAUUUAAGUCUUCAAUGAAUGGUGGAGGAUUAAGGGCUAACUAGACAAUAUAGGAAGGGUGGAUUGAACUAGCAUUGUCCGAGAGACCAUUAUAAGAUUGCAAUGGAGGGGGAGCUAUAGCAUGGAAGGUACUUAAUCAGUGGCAUCAAAUGUAUCAACUCUAAAUUAUUAUUGAUUUUAUGGUGGGAGAACUCCAUCAUAUCAUAAUGAUGCUCUUUAUUAUACAUCAUCUUCUAAGAAUAAUAGAAUUUGAACAUAAAGUUCUUCCAUUUUAUACAUAUGAUCCUCCAAAAUGAGGCUUGGGCAACCUUCAUUUAUAUUAUAUUGUCCUUGAUUGAGAAUUUGAUUGAUAGUCAUUGAAAAAUUAUUUAUACUAUGUUGGGAAUUCCCACAAAUGACACCAAACUUUUACAUACAUAAAUUUUUGUGAUGUUAGAAUUUUAAUAUCUUAACUUUGUAUAAAAUCUAGUAUGCUUAAAUAGAAGUUGUAAGAAAUACCAAAAUGUUUUGGUGAAAAAUCAUGAGGCAUAGCCCAAUUAUAAUAAUUCACCAUAUAAUUGUAGAUGCAAUGAUCCACUCUUCCUUAGAAUUGAAAUGGAUAGGAAUAAAACAUUGGAAAUAAUUAUGUAAUUCUCAUUAUAGAGAUUAUAGAAGCCAGUUGUCAAAAGGUCAAAGUGGAAGUACAAUAACGAGUUCUGAUGUUAAUAAUCAUGCGACAAUAAUCAGAUGAUAGAAUUCAAGUGAUGGCAGCGGCGAUUGUUGAUGGUGAUCUUCAUAAAAUAUCAUAGAGUUCUUAAGCACCUUCAACUCCCAAGCCCCAUUCCCGGAGAAAAUGAGGCCCUAUUUAUAGCAUUUUGAUAAUUUGACAAGAAUCUAAAAUACUCCAUCGAAAGAUACUUAUUGAUCCCAAUUGAUCAUAAAUCAAUUAUUUAGUAUUUGAGUGCCUUGAUGUCCGAAUUGAAUGAUCUCGGGCUUACUUGAUUCGUCAAGUUGAGCUGCUCGAUUGGACUAUAAGCACACAACAUUUAAAUACCGUUUGGUUGUCCAAUUAAUAUCUCAAAAUUUUCAAUUAUAUUUCAAGUGUUGAUUUAAGCUCAUUUGGAGUAUGAUUGAAUCACUUAUGGUGUCAAUGGGUUCAUCUCGUCAAGAUGUUCAACUCAACUAUAAAUUUGCUAAAAUUAAAAAAACGGAUGAUCCUGAAUUUAUUUAUGAAAGAUUAGAAUUCGAAUAUUGCCUCGAGAUUCCUAUGAAUCAAGUGAAUUUUAUCAAACAUAAACAGAGAUUUAUACUUUGCCAUAUAUUAUCAAUUAAAAAUCAUUAUAUCCUCCUUCAGGGUGAGGUUUCAGAUCCAGCGUGGCCGCAAUCUCUGAGGCUUUUCUGUUGUGUCACCAGCCAAUAUCAUAUGGUGAAGCCAAAUAUCCCACGAACUGUUUCGCCCGUUUAUUCUGUAGUAGCUUCACUACGUAAUCUCUAUCUCAUGCCGUUAAUGGCACUCGCUGGAACGCCUCAGAUCCCUGUAGCCGCUCCCUCGCCCUCCUCCAUCAUCCUUUCACGACGCCGGCUGCUGCCGCUCUACACUGCCCCCGUCUCCGCCUCUAAUUCUGCAGAACUCCAGUCAAAGCCAGUCAAGUUCACUUACCACAGAGCUGAUCCUUCCGUAAGAUGGCCAAAUUUGAAGAUCGACGAACAUUUCUUCAGCCGCCAACCCCAUUUUCCCUCCCCUUCUCCCUCUACCCCAGACACGCAUUCCCCUAUUUCUAGAAAAGACUCCAAGCAUGAACCCGAAGACCUAAACAAUCCAGAAGCUGUGGAAUGCUUAGAAUCCCUCGACAGCAGGCAACGGCGGGCCCAUGGAAAUAAGAUGAGCAAGCUCGCCCUAAAGCGAGCCAAAGACUGGAGACGGCGAGCGCAGCUGCUCGCCGAUCAAAUCCUUGCCCUUCCUUCGUCUGGUCAUGUCGCCGACGUCCUAGACAACCGCGCCGUGCAAAUGACUCCCACCGAUCUCUGCUUCGUGAUCAAGUUGGUGGGCACCUCCAGCUGGACCCGUGCCCUGGAGGCUUUCGAAUGGCUCAAUCUCCGCCGGCGAUACUCUCCCUUCCCUCGCAUGCUUGCGUCCAUCAUCUCCAUUCUCGGACGGCAUCGUCAGGACUCCCUCGCAGAAGAAAUAUUUCGUCGUUCUUGUGUUAUCGGGGAUGCUGCUGUGGAUCCGUCUGUGCAGGUCUUCAAUGCUAUGAUGGGUGUUUAUGCUCGAAGUGGGCGCUUUGAUGAUGUCAGGAACCUGCUUGAUGAAAUGCGCAAGAGAGGUCUCGAGCCUGAUCUUGUCAGUUUUAACACUCUUAUCAAUGUUCGGACUAAGUCCGGACAAGUGCCUUCAGGUUUAGCACUAGAGCUGCUACAGGAUGUCCGGCGCUCAGGGCUGAGGCCAGACACAAUCACUUACAAUACUCUCAUCAGCGCUUGCUCUCAAGCACCUAAUUUUGAGGAGGCCAGGAGUGUCUUUGAGGACAUGAUGAAAUCUAAGUGCCAGCCUGAUCUCUGGACUUACAAUGCCAUGAUCUCAGUCUAUGGCCGCUGUGGGAUGACACAAGAGGCUGAGCAGCUAUUCCAUGAAAUAACCUCGACGGGCUUCUCUCCAGAUGCCGUUACCUAUAAUUCCCUCCUUUAUGCAUUUGCAAAGGAGGGGAGUACAGAGAAGGUGGAAAGAAUAUGUGAGAAGAUGGUCAAAGCUGGGUACAACAAAGAUGAAAUCACAUAUAACACAUUCAUUCACAUGUAUGGUAAACAAGGCAGGCUGGAUUUGGCUUUACGGUUGUAUAAUGAAAUGAAACUGGCUGGUUGUAGUCCUGAUGCAGUGACAUAUACUGUAUUGAUUGAUUCACUUGGAAAGGCUGAUAGGAUUGUAGAGGCAGGCAAGGUGAUGUCAGAGAUGGUUGAUGCAAGUGUGAGGCCUACUUUGAGGACUUUCAGUGCCUUGAUUUGUGGAUAUGCCAAAGCUGGGAUGAGGGUGGAGGCGGAGAGAACAUUUGAUCAUAUGGUGAGGUCAGGGAUUAAGCCCGAUUGUCUAGCCUAUUCUGUUAUGUUAGAUAUUUUGUUAAGAGCCUGCGAGACCCGGAGAGCAAUGGCUAUAUAUCGGGAAAUGAGGCAAGAUGGCUUCAGACCUGAUGAUAGUUUAUACCAGGUUAUUCUUGGGGUCUUUGCGAAGGGAAAUAAGAAUGAACUCAUUGAUGAGAUUGUCAAUGACAUGGUAACUUUUGGGAUGAGUUUGGGUGAAGUUUCCUCUCUUCUUGUCAAGGGCGAAUGCCUAAUUAAAGGGGUGGAAUUGUUAAAACGGGCUGUUAUUCAAGGUUUCAAACCCAAUCAUGAAUGCUUGUCAGCUAUUUUUAAUGGCUAUACAUCAUUAGGUAGACAUCAAGAAGCACAAGCUUUGCUUGAUUUCUUGAAAGAACAGGUACCUGAAUCCCAUUGUUUGAUGAGUGAAGCUUCAAUAAUACUGCAGUGUAACAAUCGCCAAGUGGAAGCUGCAUUAGAGGAGUACAAGAAAAUGAAGACUGGCAUGGUUUUCUUAAGUAAAGAUUUUAGCCUUUAUGAAGCACUGGUCACCUGUUGUGAGCAAACUGAAUAUUUUUCAGAAGCUUCUCAAGUAUUCUCAGAUAUGAAAUUUAUUGGCCUUGAACCUACCGAGAGCAUUUACAGGAGUUUGAUCAAAGUUUACUGUAAAAUGGGUUUUCCAGAAACAGCUCAUCAAUUGCUGGAUAAGGCGAAAUUGUCUGGUAUAGUUUUCAAUGAUCUAUCGAUUCAUGUCAGCUUGAUAGAGACAUAUGGGAAGUUAAAGCUAUGGCAAAGGGCUGAGAGCUUGGUAGGGAAGCUCAGGCUUUGCUCUCCUGUUGAUAGGAAAGUCUGGAAUGCUCUCAUAUAUGCAUAUGCUGAGAGUGGUCGCUAUGAACAAGCAAGAUCAAUCUUCAAUAUGAUGAUGAAAAAUGGUCCUGGACCUUCCGUGGAAUCUGUGAAUGGUCUCAUGCAGGCCUUAAUAGUUGAUGGAAGAUUAGAUGAGCUCUAUGUUUUAAUUCAAGAAUUGCAAGAUAUGGAUUUUAAGAUAAGCAAAAGCACCAUAGUCAUAAUGCUUGAUGCAUUUGCAAGAGAUGGUAAUAUAUUUGAGGUAAAAAAGAUAUACCAUGGCAUGAAGGCAGCAGGUUAUUUGCCAACCAUGCAUCUUUAUAGGAGUAUCAUUGAAUUGUUUUGUCGUGCAAAACGAGUAAGAGAUGUUGAGUUGAUGGUAGCUGAGAUGGCAGUGGCUGGUUUAAAACCAGACAUAAUUAUCUUCAAUGCUCUGCUCAAGAUGUACUCAGGAAUUGAAGAUUUUAAGAAAACCAUGGAGAUUUAUCAUAGAAUUAUAGAGGGUGGGCUGAGCUUGAAUGAGGAUACCUUCAAUACACUUAUAAUAAUGUAUAGUAGAGAUAUGAAACCCGAGCAAGGUUUUACUAUCCUAAAUGAAAUGAGAAAAAAUGAUCUAGAACCCAAAUUGGAUACCUAUAAGAGUUUGUUGGCUUCAUGUGGGAAGGUGCAGCUAUGGGAACAAGCUGAAGAGCUUUUUCAAAGCUUGCUUUCCAAGGGAUUUAGAUUGGAUCGAUCUUUCUAUCACAUUAUGAUGAAGAUAUAUAGGGAUUCUGGCGACCACUCCAAAGCAGAAAACUUGCUCACUGUGAUGUCGGAGGCUGGUGUAAAGCCAACAAUUUUCACCAUGCACAUGCUUAUGGUUUCUUAUGGAACGGCUGGGAAGCCUCAUGAUGCAGAAAAAGUGCUUACCAAUAUAAAAAGCUCAAAUUUAGAACUUAGUACAUUACCUUACAGUUCUUUGAUCGAUGCUUACUUCAAGAAUGGUGAUUAUAACCAGGGAAUUGCUAAAUUAUUGGAAAUGAAAAGUGAUGGAAUUGAAGCAGACCAAAGAAUAUGGACAUGCUUUAUCAGGGCUGCUAGUUUCUGCCAGGAGACAACUGAAGCAAUGGUUCUCCUUGAUACGCUACGUGACAAUGGUUUUGAUCUUCCCGUCAGACUUCUAACUGAGAACACGGAGGUGCUGGUUGCAGAGGUAGAGAAAUUGCUGGAGGAGCUAGUGCCCGAGGAAGAUGAUGCUUGUUUUAAUUUUGUGAAUGCUCUGGAAGAUUUGCUGUGGGCCUUUGAACGUAGAUCCACUGCUUCAUGGCUUUUUCAAAUCGCAAUAAAAAAAGGCAUAUACCGUCAUGACGUGUUUCGGGUUGCAGAUGGUGACUGGGGAGCUGAUUUCAGAAAACUUUCAGGCGGUGCAGCGCUUGUUGCUCUUACACUAUGGCUUGACUAUAUGCAAGAUGCUUCAUUACAGGGAUCUCCUGAGUCGCCAAAGUCAGUUGUGUUGAUAACAGGGACUGCAGAGUACAACUUGGUUUCCUUAGAGAAAACACUGAAGGCAUAUCUCUGGGAAAUGGGCUCACCGUUCCUUCCAUGCAAAACUCGAACUGGUGUCCUCGUAGCAAAAGCUCACUCCCUUAGGAUGUGGCUGAAGGAUUCUUCCUUUUGUAUGGACCUUGAGUUGAAAGAUGCGCCCAAUCUUCCCAGUUCAAACUCAAUGUCUCUCACAGAGGGAUAUUUCAUGAGGAAAGGUUUAGUUCCAGCUUUUAAAGAUAUAAAUGAGAGACUUGGAAGGGUGAAUCCUAAAAAAUUUGCGAGGCUGGCUUUAUUGUCAGAAGAAAGCAGAAACAAGGUUAUCGUGGCUGAUAUAAAGGGCAGGAAGGAGAAGCUGGAAAAGUUGAAGAAGAAAGGGAAUGUAAUAGCAAGGAAGGCAACACGAUUACGCACAGGAAAAUUUAUGAGACGGCGACAUAAUGCACUGGCAGUUCAACGUUAGUUAAGAGAAGACUGUGCAUGAGCUAUGACAGGUUUCAUCGCCAUUGUCGUCAAGGAUAUGGUGUCAUCUUCCUUCCCCUGCUAAGUACUUUUUGGCUGAUUUGUCAAACUGAUUGAAGAUAGGUUUGACUUGCAAUUGAUGAUGGAGCCAUUGCAAAUCAUAGAAUUCGAGCUUACUGAGCUCUGCAAAAGUUAGCAUUUCAUUAAUUAUAGCAUUUCACAAAGCUGAUCUGUUGCAGUCAAACGGUGGAAAAGAAAGAUUCAGCUAUGAUACUGGAAUUAAAGAAGCAUAAGUAAAAGAGGAUAACUGCGUAAACACAAAUAAUAAUAAUGAUAUUAUUAUUAUUUUGGAACAAGAUAUCCACCCGGUGCCAGGCCUGAAAGGAUGCUUGGUUGCGUGACUAAUUCUAGGCUGACCUAGAAGAGGCACCCAUCUUAGAAAUCUCAUGAUCUGUACAUUGGGCCCCACUUAAGAGGCACUGUCGCUCGAGGGGAAUCUAGUACAGGUUGGGAGUUCCCAACUGCACUUGCCUGCCAAUCAAGCUAAGCAAUGGUGGGUAAAACACAAAUAUUUUGAUAGUACUUGUCCUGCUUGACUGUUUUCAACACAUUGGAAGAGGGCAAGCAUGUCAUACAACAUUGUAAAUUCUUGUUCAUUUUUUAACAUUAAAUUGAAAGGAUGCAUAAUUUGUAUGAAUUCUAAUCAAUGGAUUUGUGACAUUC